AUGGCGUGUAUAAGAAAAACUACGGUUUUCUGCGUUUUAUUUCUUGUUCUUUACGUCGUAUUUUCCUACGUCGAAGCGAAUGAGUGCUCUUCUCACUUUGAUUGUUCGGGCUUACAGUAUUGCUGUGACAGAAAGUAUCCUGAAGACAAUGUGUGUCGGUACAGUUGCAUUGGUCAGUCGUGUAUCCUUGAUAACGACUGUGCCCCGGGUGAAUCUUGUUGUGAUUCUGAUGAGAAAUGUGCCACAACUUGUGUUGGAAAAUCGUGUACCUUUGAUGGCGACUGUGCUACUGGAGAAUGUUGUGAUUCAGCCGAUGGCAAAUGUAAUACAGGAGAUUGCGAUGUGAUUAAAGGUCUAGCUGGUUGGAUUGUAGCAGUGAUUGUUAUCAGUGUCAUUAUUGUUAUUGUCAUACCUAUUGCAGUUGUCGUCUUUUGCUGUUUUUGUGCGGCUGGUGCGGCAGCAGCCUCGAGACGUCCUGCUCAUGGUGGUGUUGUAGUAACACAACCUACAACCACAGGAAAUACAGUCUUUGCAACACAGCAACAACAACAGCAACAACAAUACCCUGCACAAGAAGGACAGCCAAUGUAUUUUCAAAACCCUCAAGCAAAUCCCAACCAACCCCCACCAGAAUAUCAACCUCAAGGGACAGUGUAUCCACCAGGGGCAAGUGGUGGAUAUAUAGCGAUGACACCACAAACUGAAAUAAAGCCAUAA